AUGGCCAAUGCUGACAGGGAGGCGGAGCAGGCCGGCGUGUCGGACCUGGAGAUCAUCUCUCAGCCUGUGGAUGAUGAGAACCAGUGCUUGGCUCCUCCAGUGCAGCUGCUGAGUUUUGGAUACAGGGAUCUUCCUCUCACAGCUCUGGAUGUGUCGCUGGCCGGAUCGCAGCUCCUUUCCAAUGCAGACGAAGAUGAGAUCAGGGAGGGGUAG